AUGAGCCAGUAUUUGGAGAAACGACAAGAAGAGACCACAACAGCAACAGCAGCAGCAGCAGCAGCAAUUCCGCUAAUGGCUUCCGUGGUCCUUCGAUUUGUUCGCUUUAUCGUCAGCACAUACGCCGAAGAGAGCGCCGUUCAUCAGGCGCGGCUGUUGCUGAACCACCUGGGGUUCGACCCAAUUGGGAUCAGGGAUGGAUCCGUAGCGGCGGGGAUCCAGGCCCACUACCCGGAACGGGUCGCAAAAGGCAGCAUGUUUAGCAUGCUUCAUCGGUGGGGCCGAAACGGCAUGCCUUUCUGGGCGGAGAUGGUGAUAAUGUCGACGACCGCGGUAGUCGUCGGGGCCCUUUUGCGCAUCACAGUGGGAAUUUUUGGCGCUGAUCCGACGACCAUCGCAUAGAACGCACCGACGGCCACCAACCACCGGUGACCAGGAAGCCACACCGCGUCUUUAUUCUUCUGCCCACCCCGCCGGCAACAGCUCGAAAUGAGCAGAUCAACUGGACUUGCCAUGCAGUGGUCUACUGGAGCAGGUCUCGAAAAUUUCCACGCGUAGGGUUGAGAGGAUGACCAGCUCUCGGAGACACUGCAUUUAAUUCCUUUGCUGUGAUAAAAUGUCGCUUCCCUACCAUAAAGGCCAUUCUCUCUUUUUGGAUUCAAAUCGGCAACAUCAGUCCUUCAAGAAAACUGCGAAGAUAAGGGGGCAGAACAGGCCUUAAUUCAGUUCGUUUGCAACCAGUAGUGAAGGGCGAGUCGAUAAGCGCAAAGUUACAAUGCGUAUUAAACGUAUGUUCAGAGCAUUAGCAGUUGCUAUAGCGCCAAAGAAUCUCUAAGGCACACGAGUAGUUUACCUAUGUACGACUGAAAACGUCGGAAUAAAAAUGUAGUGCGUCCUAUUGUUCUCGCCAAUAUAUAUCUAAACGAAAAAUAUUGUAAAACAAUAUUAGAACACCUUCUUUAGCAAUCAAGAGAAUGUUAUAACGGCAAGUUGAGUCUCGCUACGCCCAGUUGAUUGAAGGGUGUAGGUUUUUGGGCACAAAAAGGCAAGACGAUUCACUUGAUAUACGAAACUAAAAGGCGUCUUCUGAGAACCAUACAUUGCGCCAUGUGAUGGAAUACCCACAUUGAAAUUGUCAUUUCCAAAGCUUUUAAAACACUAUGGUACCUGCGACGCACUAUGCACAGUUCUACUCCGGAUGUAAAGUGCCUCGCUUACAAAACCCUAGUCAGACCGAUAAUCGAAUAUGCUAAAGUAAUAUGGGAUCCUCACACAGCAACUAAUCGUCACAAGCUUGAUAGGAUUCAGUGACUCGCUGUAAGGUUUAUCUUUAAUAAAUACCGCCGAAACCAUUCUUCAACAGAACUCUGCCAACAAGCCCAACUACCUAUGCUAGAAACCAGAACCAGAUAUGAAAGACUAAAAACUCUUUACCUCAUUAUCAAUAAUCAUCUUAAAAUAAAUAAAUCAGAUUACUUUGAGAUCAAAACUAAUGAAACAUCAAGGCAUCGUCAUAGUAAGUUUAUCCCAUUACCGACUAUAAAAAAUAAUUGUUUCAAGUUUAGUUAUUUUCCCCGAACUUGUAGAGACUGGAACUCUCUUCCAGAUUCUGCUGUUCGGUCGACAUCAUUGGCUGAAUUCCUACGCCACUUAGAUAAUUUCAUCUAUGGCACUAGCAUAGGGCGAUGAGAUCAGAUUGCUGCUGUAUAAGAAUGCUGUUUUGAUUUCUGAGUGAUGCGUUUUUGUUUAUGUGUGCAUUCCACGAGAUGAUCUUUCUUUCCUUUAACUAAUGUAUAACUACGGUUUUCAAUAUGUUCUGUACUAUUUAUUUUGCUGUUCAGUUCCGUUUUUUCCACUUCUGUUAUAGCCCCUCAAUGAGGCUGACAGUACUAAUAAAUCAAAUGAAAUGAAAUGUG